AAUUUGACUCGCUGAGUACCCCACCACAACAACAAGUUGAGUGUUGAGAAGAAACUCUGCCAUUUUGGAUUACAUACGAUUUUUAAUUGUUUGACAAUAUUACUUCCAAAAUUGAGUUCAACGAGAAGAACACUAACAAAUGUUUAAAUGGACGCAUCGUCCAUCAUCACCCAAGUGUCGCGGGAUGACGAACAAUUAAGCAAUUUUUCACCAGAGAAAGUUCAGUUGCCACGGGUGGAAAAUGAAAUAUCAGUUCAAGGUCAGACUGGGAAGAAGCCCCGGCGUGGAUUGCUGCGCACUCUUCUCUGCUGCUUCAGUAGACAAGCAAGUUCAAAAAGUUCUAAAGCAUCAACGGGAAAUGAUGGUCGUUGCUCUCCCCCAGUUAGUCCGGGCUCACCCAAUUUUCUGCUGCCAUCUGUGCGACACUCGGACAUGCACAAAAAGUGUAUGGUGAUUGACUUAGAUGAAACACUGGUUCACAGUUCAUUCAAGCCUAUUAACAAUGCUGACUUUGUUGUUCCUGUGGAAAUUGAUGGAACAGUUCAUCAAGUUUAUGUCCUGAAGCGACCAUAUGUAGACGAAUUUCUUCAGAGGAUGGGAGAACUUUACGAGUGUGUACUAUUCACUGCAAGUUUGGCCAAGUAUGCUGAUCCUGUGGCUGACUUGCUGGAUAGGUGGGGUGUUUUCAGAUCGAGAUUAUUUCGAGAGUCUUGUGUGUUUCAUAGAGGCAAUUACGUGAAAGAUCUUAAUAAACUGGGACGUGAUUUGCAAAAAGUUGUAAUUGUUGACAAUUCUCCUGCUUCCUAUAUCUUCCAUCCAGACAAUGCUGUGCCUGUUGCUUCAUGGUUUGAUGACAUGACUGAUUCUGAGCUUCUGGAUCUGAUACCAUUUUUUGAGAAGCUUAGCAAAGUGGAUAAUGUGUACACAGUUCUCUGCAAUUCAAACCAUCCAUAUAACACGACAGCACCAUCCACAGUACCAUCACCACUGUCAAAUCAGCAGCAGCAACAGCAGCAGCAGCAGCAGCAACAGCAGCAAUUACACAGCCUUCAAGUGAACAAUCAUACACAAUUGAAUGUGGGCUCGUAGCCAAGCUUGUAUGUUAACUUUGUUUUAGUCGAUCAGUGUGAACCUGUUGGUGUUAAGACAAGGCAGAAGCUGGGACCUGAAGUUAAAGGCCAUGCUGUUAAUCGUUAAAAGUGUGUAACUGUGAGUGCGAGUGAGAUGUGUCAGAAUCGUUUGAAAUUGUGUUAUUUGUGGUCACGGAAACCACAUGUUACAAAUGAAAUUUGCUUCAUCCUUUUCGAGAAAGUGCAGGACUUUGAUUUCCAUGCAAAACUAUUGCAUGAAUCAACUGUAACACUUCACUUUUGAUGCCUGUUGCAAGAGAGCAAGUGUAAAUAUUUUAUAAAAAGAAAUUCAGAAAUUUUAUCCAACAGUCCAAGUGCCAAUAUUGCCUUCUGAAAAGAUGAAUUGUUCCUCGUUGGCAAGGAAAGAAAUUAUUCAGCAGGUCAUGUUGUGUAUACAUGUAAGUGUGCCCAUGUGUUUCUGUGUGUGUAUGUGUGUGUGUAUUCUCGGUCCAACUCCCUCAACAAAGUCAACUCCCAGUUAUUUUUGCUGACAAGAAUAGUUUUUUAUAAUGAAAUCUGUUUCCCCAGAUUAUAUUACAAACAAUUUUGAUAAGGCAGAAUGAAACCCUGUGCAAUUUUUGUAACCAGUCAAGGGAUCUUGUAUAAUCUAUUGUCAUAUUUGCUUGUUACAUUUAGUAUGAUUUUACUCUGACUAGUGAAAGAUUUUAUGUACGACUAAAAAAUUAUAUAUAUAUACAUAUAUUUAUGGCACUAAUCAGCCACUGUAAUAAAUUAAUUUUGGAAUGAGUUACCUGCUGUACAGAGUAAAUUUGACAAUGAUUGAAGAAAUAAUUUGGUGUUACAGUUUUUAACAAUACAAACAGUCCUGAAGCAAGCAGUUACUUCACAUAUUUUAAUGCUCAGGAAAGUUUGGUGCUACUUUCUUUUUUUAUGUAACAUUAUUCAGGUACACACAAUGCCGAGAAAGAACAUAAGUUCAUGGGAAUUAGAAUUUGCAACCAAAAGAACAAUCAUAAAUAUGAGUUAUUAGCCCUCCUCUCCAUCUUUUACUUGCCUACCUUCAAGCAAGUAAAGCAAAAUUGCUUUUUAAAAAAGCAGUUACUUAUAGGACGCCAUUGAAUGAAUAAAGAAAAUGGAGUUGACAAAAUGAUGGUAGAUCUGUAAUUUGAGCUGUUAAAUUUGAUGUACUGUGGUUAUUUGCCACACACCUAUUAUAAGUAUGUGACUUUGCUAAUCUCUAUAGUGGCCUUAUACAAGCAUGCCAGCAUAUUGUGUUGGCAUGCUUGGAUGUGUGAUUUCGCAUAUCUUUGGCGAUAUUUACACAGCUUUUAUCUUUAUUAUAAUUUUUUACUCUGACUAUUUAUAUAUGUAUAAAAGAGAGUAACCAAGUAACCUGUUCAUGGAUUUCAGUAUUUACCCUUCUGGUGGUGGUUGCCAAUAUUUACUGUGGCAGGGCAACUCUGAUUUUAGUUCAACUCUUGCAGUACAAAUGAGCAUCACAAUAUCAGUCUGUACCAAUGAUUGGUUUUACUUAAUUGAUGUAUGUAUCAUCCAGGGGGGGGGGGUUGUUUAUGUGCUACAUGAAUUGUUGGUUAAGAAAUUGAAGUUUUGUUUUAUUUUUGUAAAGUUUAUUGUGUACUCAUUAUGAAUCAUACUUAAGAUAUUUUGCAACAAAUAAACUGAAAUGUGCUUUUUGUUUUUCCUUGUGAAUGAUGAAAGUACCUUGUUUUAUUUAAUUUGUAGUUGAUCAGUGUGUACAUAAUUAAAAUGUAAUAUUCUACCCAUUUGCUUGUCUUCCUAAGUUUUAUUGCUUAUUUGUUAAAGAGAUUGUACUUAGACCUUAGAUUUGACACUUAUAAAUUUGUGAAACUGGCUGGUUUUAAAAGUUGGUUCGGUGCUAUCUAUAACUGAAUGUGAUAAAAGUAAAUAAAUCUGUUCAGAAGACCAUUAUUUAUGGAAAGUGCUGUAUCUUUCUUUUAAUUACUUGUUAUAGACUUUAUUUAAAGACAUACCACAAUAAAGAAAGUUGUGCCUUCACAUUUUAUUAGCUUCUUGGACAGUUGAUUGUCAUUUUGUGUAUCCAUAAAAGUUGAAUUAUUGCCCAAUUUCCUUUGGUUACUGUAUGUGUACAUAAUUUCAAGCAGAUUAGCAAAAACAAUUUAAAUGAUAUACUAAUUUUUAUUCCUGGCUCCCAACAAAUACACUGACGCUACACAACUUGGUAUCUGACACUGGUUUGUUCAAAGACCAUUUAUUUACAUACAUGAAAGUAGUAAUUAUUCAGUUUCAAUUCCUGCAUAUCAGAAUUCAGAACCUUUUCAACAUCUCUUAAGUGCUAAGUUAAACAGCAACAGAGAUAUAAACUAAAUAAUCCUUUGGUCAAGGAGUGUUAUAAUGUGAGUCUAAAUAAGUUCAUGAAAAAAAUAUUAGUAUUUUAUUUGUAGGCUUUUAGCAGUGCUUAGUACGGCAAGUACGUGGUGGCUUGUAUAGAAUUACAGCUUUGUUGAUGAUUGCAAACUCAAAUGGUGUGCUUAGAAUUCCUCUCAUCAUUGUAAUAGCUUUCUUUUGCAACUUUGAGCAUUUCUUGGUAAUUGGUUAACACUUGUUGCCUCCAUUCAAAUUACACAUUGAUGCCAGUUGAUAACAGAAGAUAUAAAUUUACAUCUAUCUUGGUGUGACUUUUCACAAGGAACUCUAGUAUCUCUUGAGGCUAAAUUAAAACAGCAGAUAGAAUAAGUGGAAUUGAUGAGCCAAAACACAAAGGACAAGUCGGCACAACUGUAAAGAUACUGAACUCUUGUUCAGGAUUAGUAGUAUUCAAACCCUAAAUGGAUCAUCCAUUUUUAGAUUUUCCAUGGUUUUUCCAAGUCACUUAAAUAUCAGGAUGCAUCCUUUUAAAAUGGCCAUGUCAGGCUUCCUGUCCAUAAUCUUGUCUAAUCUGAGCUUGUGUUCGAUGUCUGAAGACCUCAUUGUCAAUGAGGCGUUAAACUUUCUGCUUCCUUCUUCCUUUUACAAUCAAGUAAUAUCAUACUUUUCCAGAUAACAGAAGUGAGCAUUCAGAAGGUUAAAUGUUAUCUCUGAAAAUUAUCCUGUUUUUCGAUUUGUCAGUGUCUACAUUUACGUUGGUAUCAUUGUGUUUCGCCGUGUGUAUCAUUACAUCUCAUGCAAAAAAUUAGUUUUGAAUGUAAACUCAUUCCCUGGCACUACGCUUGGAUAAAUGACAUGUUUUUGAUGGAACUUCAGUGGUAAACAUUGCCGUUUUUACUAUAUGUCUUGCAGUAGCACAUAGUGCACAAAUAGAUUUAUAUUAUGUGUUGAGCAUGUGUGUAUUUUGCCACACAAGGAUGGUAUGAGGAUACAUGAAUUUUUAUUUAGGCUAACUGUGAAGUAAAAUAAGAGUUUCAUUUCAUUUACCAUUAAUUCUACAUGUGUUGUGGCAUAUUGUACUUGCAUUCUUCAGUUUUAGUUAAUUCAUAAUUGCACUAUGUGUGACAUUUAUGAUGCUUUGUCAUUAAGCAUCAUUAUUUUUCUUUAGGUAACUAAGAACUGUUCUUUUUCAAUCAGAAAGUACCUCCAGUGAGUUCCAGGAAUUACUCUAAUUGUUUCCUGAGAUAGUUUGAUAAGUAGGGAUAUUCCUUCUAACCCAUACGAAAUCAUUAUUGUGCUGCAGAGGGUCUGGUGCCAAGUUUGAUCCCAGUAUUUUAUGUAUCAAUGUAGAAAAUUAUUGAAAAAUGUGAAUAAUGUUACACAGUUAACUAUCACAGUGUCUGUAAAUAAAUAUUUUCAGGGAUGCUUACUUCCUCUAUACAGGAACACUACAUUGACAUUCUACUGGUUGUUCUGAGUGUGUAGCACAGAAUACAUUUGGUACCACCACGGUGUAUCUCCCUUUCUCUUCCAUUCACAAGUAGUUCUUGAGCAAGAGGAUCAUUGGUAAGCCUCUGCAUGAUCAUGAGUUUCUGUUAUUUUCCACUCAUCUAAUGCAGUUGGUCUCUUUUGUGAGUUUUGUAUUUUUAAAGGACAAUGUAUGGUUCAUGAUGUGAAAUAUGAGAUGAUGCAGAAUUUUCUCUAAGAGCUAGGGAAUUGUUUUUUUGCUGGUUCCAAAACAGACAGGACAUUGAAUGUGUAAGAAAUAUACAUACAUAAUGAGAGUUGUUAUUCAUUUAGUCACCUUUCCUCAGAAUACAUAGAAUAUUAAAAGGAAUUUGUCAAAAAUUUAUCAAUAAACCACUUCCAUUGAAUGUCUGAACUACCUCUAAACACACAUUUCAGAUGUAUAGUACUUACGUUUUUAUAAAUAAAGAUUUCUAGUGGGAAAUUCCUGACAAUUUCGUGUAUGAAUAGUUAUUCUAUUCACUUAAUCUUCAUUCAAUUUACGUCAUCAAGACUGAGUCAUGUGAUCUUCACAGUUCCUUGAAUUGUUAUGAACAUUCGAAACCUACUUUGUUGUGUUUAUUAUUUGUAACUCUGAGGGGUAUCAAAAAUAGAAGAGAAAUAAAUGGUUGUGUAAUCAGUGGGAAUAGCCAAAAAAAAAGUGCUUUACUGAACUCAUUACACUGCAUAUUUUAAUGCUCCAAACUGAAAGGCUGGUAUUUCCACCACCUUUGUCACUUUCAAGUUUUGAUCAUUGAUGCAUUGUUGAAUCAGUCAACUAUUUUAGGACAAUUUUUUGUCAUAUGCUGAUAGUUUGUAAUUUUGGAAAAAAAGCAUGAGGAAAUUAUUUCACCAAAUGGUGACUAAAUAUGCAGCUUUGGAUAUAUGAGACAAUGGGAAAAUUUGCACAUUAAGCAUUAAUAAAAGCUUGCACUCACUUGAGUCUUACCAAAUUAUAUGUCUUGUGUUCUUUAUUGCACUGCUAUAAUCACUUAAAUGAUCAGAUUCCAUUGCCAAACAUUAUUAAAGUAGACACAUCAUUUUUGUUUUUAAUGGAAAUUUCUAGUCAAGAUAACUGCAAAGUAAAAGACCCACUUGGAAGAGGAGGCUUAAGCUUAAAGGUUUUCUGGAUUUUCUUCAGAUCUGUAAUGCUGUUGAUCUUGUAGAAUUUUGUUUGUGUCUUUGCUGUAACAUUUUUCCAUCAAUAAUGGUCUCCGCUUUGUAUUUUACUGACUUUUGUAACAGUGGCCUAAUUUUUAGUGCAUUGGGAAAUUUAACACACUAUUAAUUUUCUCCAUUGCCAAGGCAUGUGUUUUAUUUAUGAUGGAAAUGUUUUACAAAGCUGAAGUGUGUGCCGAACCAGCAUUUGUCCUUGUUUAGUUUUUAAUCUUAGAAAAAUAAUAAAACUAAAAUAAAUCAUCCACACACCUAGGUAAUACUCUGAGAAAGAUUCAAUGUUACAUAUAAGGUUAACUAAAAAAAAAAAAAAUAUG